GUGAUAUGGUUCCCCACACGCCCACGGGGAAGAUAGUGGGCGGCGUAUGUUCACUCUCAGGCGUAUUGGUGAUCGCGCUGCCCGUACCUGUCAUCGUGUCGAACUUCUCCAGAAUCUAUCAUCAGAACCAGCGAGCGGACAAGAGGAAAGCUCAGAAGAAAGCGCGCUUAGCAAGGAUCCGGAUCGCUAAGGCGUCUUCAGGAGCGGCCUUUGUCACUAAGAAGAAGGCGGCGGAGGCGCGACUCGCGGCACAGGAGAGCGGUCUGGAGAUGGACGAAUUUACCAAGGAGGAAGACAUCUUCGAGAUGCAGCAUCAUCAUCUACUCCGCUGCCUCGAGAAGACCACGGACCGAGAGUUUGUGGAGCUGGAGGUUCCUUACAACGGCCAGCCCAACAGGCCCGGGAGCGCCUCCCCGCCCCAGAGUCGGAGCCCCUCACUCUCCAGCCACGCUAACUUCACUGUCACCUGCUGCGGCCGAAGGUUUGGGGGAAAAUCAUACCAGGGCGGCUGCUAUCUGGUGCCCUUUAAAGUUACCUUCCCUUGGCGUAAAGGCGGCACCGGCGGAGAACGCGGCGGAUAUGACGAGGAACUAAACGAAAUCCACGUCCGCGAUAAGACCCUUCUCAACACCACAACAGACAGAAGUGGGUGGGGACUAUUGAAUCAGCAGAGUCCUCCCCACCCGACAACCAUCACCACCACCAACACCAACACCGUCACCAGCACCUCCAGCAGUCCCGGCGCUGCUCCCAGUGUGGUGGCAGUGAGCAAACCCAACUCCACCACCACCGUCACCACCGCCAUUGUUAACCUCCCCACACCAUCACCUAAUGGGGACAGCGAUUUCCCCACGCCCUCCCUGGGGUCCGCGUCCCCGGCUAAUCAGGGUGUGCUAAGAAUAUCAUCUCUCUAAGUUAUGUAUUUUUUACGUGAGAUAGUAAGCCUUAGCACCAAAGGAUCAUGAACUGGUGUGGUGAAGUGUUUUACAUGGGCUAGAGGAACUCAUCGCUGCCUGUGGCCCUAGUCCACUAUUACAUUAUCACUUAACAGACACUCUCUCUUGACUAGUCUAGAGGAACAUAAGAAUUUGAAGUUAUUAAGUAUGAUUGCAGCUGCUUAAUCCAUUAUAAUAACUAUUACAUCCAUUCUACAGACAAUGGGCGAUUUUCAUAUAAUUUGAAAUUUACGUCCCAAAUAAUUUCGGGAAAUUGUAAUGCUUUAAGAAUUUUAGCUAUUAAUUUUAGAACUCCAAGUUUAGUAAGAGGCGCCCUCAGUUAUCUGGGAUCCCGAGGUAAUGUUCUUGGUUGUGGGCCAUGCCGCUUGGCUGGUGUUCGUCAGCUUGAGCGAGAGACGCGCUUACUGCUCCUUAAUUCGCCCCGGCCUACCGCCCUUGGACCUCCUCUGCUAUGUUUGUUGUUACGAGUUUUGUCUCUUUAUUAUCUGGCCUUCAACCUGUCCAAGCGUGGCCGGUGUCGUAGCAUCGCCAAGCAGCCAAGUUAGGGAGGGAAGUAUAGGCGAAAGUAUAGAUUUAAUCAAUUAAAAAUUAUUACAGAAUAUUUGUGCAUUCAUCGGGUUUUUGUGUAUUUUUGCACUAUAUUUUAUAACUGGACUUAUCAUCAUAAUAAUUAUGAUAAUCAAUCUUGUCCUCUUGUUAUAGUCUUGGGUCUAGGAGGAGUUAUUUCCAAAGAGUGAGAGCAAGAUGAUGAGAGGUUAUUUCUGACAUAUUUGUUCAAUGAUAUAUAAAGUCUAUAUACAUUACUUAUUGGAGAGACACUAUCAAAGUCUUAUUUGUUAAGAUAUUGUAGUAUAUUUCAUAAAUAUGUAUA